AUGGAUUUUUCAUGGAUCAGUAAUGAAACUGAUAUUGAAAGUGAAGAUGAGGUGAGAAAUGAGGAAAAACGGGAAAAAAAAUUCAGCAAAAUGGUAAAAUUCAAAAGUAUCCACCAAUUAGUGAAUCCCAUAAUAAUGUUCAAUGAGUUCUCUGAGGAGGAUCUGGUCUUAACACUGGAUUUAGGCAAAGGAUUAACAAAUGGCAAAAAACAUAAAACCGAUGAUAUCAUACAACUGAAAGUUUGCGAGUUAUAUAAGACUAAAAUGUUUCAGUUUAUGAAGUCUGUGCCCCACAUAACACCGACACCUUUUGAGCUGAACUCCAGACAUAUGAAAGUCAAGCAAAGUUUGAUCGGACAGUUGAAAGCAAUCACUAAGGAGCACCUGGACCUGGAUCUCAUAAUUCAUACUAAUGGAAACGGCAUCAUUAAUGGCAAUGGUAUUCAUAACGGCAUUAAUGGCAAUGGUAUUCAUAACGGCAUUAAUGGCAAUGGUAUUCAUAACGGCAUAAAUGGCACCAAUAAUAGCAGCAAUGAAUUGGUCGUCAAUAGGCUUAUCGAGAGGAUUGAUAACGAAAUGGAGAAUAUAUUCAAAGAGUUGACUAAAGAUAACAGAAUUGAGUACAAGAAGUGUCAGUUAGGGUUUACUAUUGGCUGGAAAUGUAAUGUAAAUCAACCCAACUAUUCAUACGAGAAGUUUGACGAUCGGUUCUGA